CAUCAAUUUCCUACAAGAAUCCGAAGUCGCCGGACACUUGGGUAAAAACGUAAUUCGGCACCAGCGAGGAAGACAACGACAUUCGGAGGAGAGCUGAGCUACCUGCCUAGUGCCUACGGUUCGCAAGUUCGGGCAUUUAUAUAAGUUUUCUCGCCAUUGCAUCGCCAAAUCAACUGAAACAAGGAAGAGAAAGAUUAAAGAAACAAAGGAAGUAAACAAUCUAAAUUCUUCUUCCUUGGGGGGGUUCUCUGAACUCGGCAGAGCUAUCGUCACGCAAUCUCCGUCCAUGGAUUUAGACAUGCAAUCCAUGGCGGCGACGAUCGGGGUCUCCGUCCCCGUUCUCCGCUUUCUUCUCUGCUUCGCGGCGACGAUUCCGGUCAGUUUCUUCCACAGAGUUGUGCCCGGCUCUCUCCCCAAGCACAUCUACGCCGCCCUCUCAGGGGCUAUUCUGUCCUACCUCUCAUUUGGGUUCUCUUCCAAUCUCCACUUCUUGGUGCCCAUGUUGUUGGGCUACGCCGCCAUGGCCCUGUCUCGCGCUCACUGUGGAAUCAUCACUUUUGUUAUGGGAUUCGGUUAUCUCAUUGGAUGCCAUGUAUAUUACAUGAGUGGUGACGCAUGGAAAGAAGGAGGCAUUGAUGCCACCGGGGCAUUAAUGGUGUUGACUCUCAAAGUGAUAUCAUGUGCCAUGAACUACAACGAUGGAAUACUGAAGGAAGAUGACUUACGGGAGGCUCAGAAGAAAAACCGCUUAGUGAAGAUGCCUUCUUUGAUUGAAUACUUUGGUUACUGUCUCUGCUGUGGUACCCACUUUGCUGGCCCGGUUUAUGAAAUGAAGGAUUACAUUGAGUGGACCGAACGGAAAGGGAUAUGGGCAGGACCAUGGCCAUCACCGUUUUUAGCAACACUAAGAGCAAUUAUUCAAGCUGGUAUUUGCAUGGGCCUAUACUUGUACUUGGUGCCCUACCAUCCUUUGUCCCGCUUCACUGAUUCAGUAUACCAAGAAUGGGGUUUCUGGAGAAGAUUGAGUUACCAGUACAUGUCGGGGUUCACGGCAAGAUGGAAGUACUAUUUUAUCUGGUCAAUUUCAGAGGCUUCUAUGGUGAUCUCAGGUCUUGGAUUCAGUGGCUGGACUGAUAGCUCACCACCAAAGCCACGAUGGGAUCAUGCUAUAAAUGUUGAUGUUCUUGGUGUUGAGUUUGCUAAGAGUUCGGUUGUCUUGCCUCUUGUGUGGAACAUCCAAGUCAGCACCUGGCUUCGUCACUAUGUCUAUGAUAGACUUAUUCAGAAGGGAAAGAAGCCUGGUUUCUUUCAGUUGUUGGCCACACAAACUACCAGUGCUGUUUGGCAUGGAUUAUAUCCAGGUUACCUCAUAUUCUUCGUUCAGUCGGCAUUGAUGAUUGCUGGAUCUAGAGUUAUAUAUAGGUGGGAACAAGCCUCAAAGGGUUUAAUCAAGAAGAUUUUCACUCUCACAAACUUCGCUUACACAAUUUUGGUCCUAAACUACUCGUGUGUCGGCUUCAUGGUACUGAGCUUGCACGAAACUCUUGCUGCUUACGGCAGCGUAUACUACGUAGGAACCAUUAUUCCCAUAGCCUUGAUCCUUCUGGGGUCCGUCAUCAAACCAGCAAGGCCGGCUAGAUCGAAGCCCAAGAAGGAAGAGUGAGGAUUAGAGAAAUCCAAGGGGAAGAACUCAUGGCCGAAAAUGCUUUGUACCAUUGCUUCGAUUUGGCUACACUUGUUGAAGUUUCGUGUUAGUUGCUUAUCCUCCAAGUCAUACUUUCUUCUGUUGCUGUGGCAGUCUGUAUUUCUUCCAAUUGAUGGGAAAACAAAAGGGCCCUAGUGCUAGAAAUGGAGAAUAGUAAACCAAUUACAGGUCUCUACUGCUUACUUCCACUAAUGCAUGCAGCAGAAAUUAGACCUUAUUGUUGGAUUUGUGUUUCUCUUAUAUUUUCCAUCUUUUGUAGAAGGUUGUUCUCCAGAAAGGUCAACAAGGUCUCUGCAUAGGGUUUACAUUUUGAGGAUGGUAAGAGUUGCAGAGUUUUCUUGUUUGAGGGGGAACAUUAGAUUUGAGCUGAAAGAAAAGGAAGGGAGGUUCUUAAAUGGCCAUGCCUAGUUAAGUUGGUAUGCAAAGCAGAAGGGUUGAAGUAAAUGCUGUGACAGUCAAUUCCUUUCCUUCCCACCACCAAACUCUUCACUGGGAAAACCCACAUGGGCUUACAUUUAUUAGCCAUGAUGAAAGGCAGGCCUUCUUGCUUGCUGGACGAUAAAGUUGUGUCAUUUCUGAAAGGCCUCCUUAACAGAAAUUCAUAAAUUGGGUGUACUGUUGAAUCUGGGGAAGUAUAAUGGAAUUGGAGAGAGGACCUCGUGACAGUCAUGUGUAAUGUACAAACUUUUGGAGGGCAAAGAACAUUGCAAAUGUGAUGAUUGAUGA